GUAGAAUGUUCAAAGAGGACCCGGAAAUAACAGAGGAAUGUUGUGUAGAAGUGGGUAGGGACACAAGGUUCAUUUUUUGGAAAUGAAACUGUAACUGUUAGUCAACACGAGUAAUUGUCUGUUUCAAUCAGAGUAGCUACGAAUAUAUCGCCGACAGUAUGACCGCACUGUGCAAUAAAUCAGACCAAGAAAUCAAGGACCUGCUGGAUGAGUAUGGAAUUAAGCAUGGGCCUAUCGUUGACACUACAAGACCACUGUAUGAGAAGAAGCUGAAAGAAGCCAUGACCAAAGCCAAGGUCACCGUGACAACACCAUCUCCAGACAGAACCUUCUACAGAGAGGACCAGGAAGAAGUCACCUACGUUACCUAUCAGACACCAGUUAGCAGUGAGGGGCCUUCUGGAGAUGGGAAACCCUACAUGAGAUCAAGACCAGAGUACAGCGAGAGGGACCGGGUGGAUGAUAAACCCUAUUCAAGACCAGUGUACAGCGAGAGGGACCGGGUGGAUGAUAAACCCUAUUCAAGACCAGUGUACAGCGAGAGGGACCGGGUGGAUGAUAAACCCUACAUGAGAUCAAGACCAGAGUACAGCGAGAGGGACCGGGUAGAUGAUAAACCCUAUUCAAGACCAGUGUACAGCGAGAGGGACCGUGUGGAUGAUAAACUCUAUUCGAGAUCAAGACCAGAGUACAGCAGCGGAAGACAGUACAUUGAUGAGCCCCUUGUCUACAACACACUGUCGCCUUCAUCAUCAUCAUCAUCCUACUCCAAACCAACGCCUGUGGUGAAGUCUGGAGGUGGAGUUGUGAAGAAGGAAAAAACAACGAGCUCUGGGAGACUGAUCCCUCUCUGGAUCCAGUUCCUGGUCUUCCUGAUCUUAGCCGGGUUCCUCUACUUCAUAUUCACCAACAUGGAGUCUGCAGAGAGUAGCCCCUUUAACAAAAUCCAAUGAUCAAAUGUACAAAUAAAAGUACAUCUGGGAUGUGUUCAUUAGGCAAGAAACGGUCCAAAACGGGGAAGUACUAUUUCAACUUGCGCUAUAAGAAUCGCUCAUUUGGACAAUGUUUUUAAAAUGUUUCAUUACGUGUGUAUCCUAAUGAAUACGACCCAGUUUUCAUAUUUUACAACUAUAUUAUGGCACUUCCCGUGCCUGUUUUUCUUUUAACUCUUUUUGCGUGUUCUUUAUAUAAGGUGACUGGCAUUGGGUUCUGGGAACUUUACUAUUGGUGAAAGGAAAGCCAUAACGUUUCCUCCUGUCCCAACUCCUAUUGUAGUUACUAGAUGGUGAUGUGUGUAUAUAUAGUGUUCUGUUUAUCAUAGAACUACCUUAGGGUGCUUCUACUGUGGGUAAUAGUGAAGCCACAUUCCCUCACAGUACUAUCUUCAUCUUCACAAAUGUAGAGCCCACGGCCCACAGUAAAUGUAUAUGAUACUGGCUAUUGGGUAUGAUUUGGUAAUGGCUAUUUGUGUAAAAGUCCUGACACAAUGAGCCAUCUAGUUGUAUAGUCUUGCUUAGUCAGCCAGAUGCAGUAUCCUCACAUUCUCUCUGCAUUCUUGAGGGUAUACAGUACUACAAAGCAGUACUGUAGCUUGAAAUGGGCAUGGGGGGGGGGUCUAAUUGACUCAACAACCAAAAACACAUUAAGUUUAGCUGGAAAAUCUCUAGUUAUUUCGUUAGUUGGCUAACUCAUGGAUCCUGUAUUGUAGGAGAACCCCAGCCCACCUGGCAUUAAAGUUCUAAAUAACGUUACAAAGUUCUAAAUUAUAUUAAAGUUCUAAAUGAUAUUAAAGUUCUAAAUGACAUUACAAAGUUCUAAAUGAUAUUAAAGUUCUAAAUGAUAUUAAAGUUCUAAAUGAUAUUAAAGUUCUAAAUGACGUUACAAAUUUCUAAAUGAUAUUAAAGUUCUAAAUGGCGUUUUAAAGUUCGAAAUGAUGUUACAAAAUUCUAAAUUACAUUAAAGUUCUAAAUGAUAUUACAAAAUUCUAAAUUAAAUUAAAGUUCUAAGUGACGUUAAAGUUCUAAAUGAUAUUAAAGUUCUAAAUGGCGUUUUAAAGUUCUAAAUGACGUUACAAAAUUCUAAAUUACAUUAAAGUUCUAAACAAGGCAACUGUAAACAGAUCCAUAGCCCCUUCGAUUUAAUUGUGGGGGGCAAUAACAGUUCUAAAUGAAGUGCCUUUAGCAUUUUGAACUGUUAAUGAUUUCUAUCCAUACAUUUAUAGAAAUGUAAUUACUGUGGUGGGUAUAUGGUCAUUUUAAAUGUACUGUGAGUUGUGGUUUUGUUAGACAUACUCGUGUUAACGCCUGACGUCACCAUAAGACAUGCCACGGCUUUUUAUUUUUUUUACACCUGCAGUAUCAUUUGUAAUAGUAACUUUUUAAAGUUUUCAGACACUUGUCUGUUUUAUCAGAGGAGAUCACUUUGGUCACACAAGAAUGUUUAUAAGCACAGGCUGUGUCCUAUGUAGGCAAUAGGAUGCCAUUUAGGACAGACCCAGUUUACAAAUGAAAAUACUUUCAGCAGGACAGUAACUGUUUACAUAGAUUUUUCUGACUGUUCAGAUAUAUUUUGUAUCCAGCCAUUGGGUCACUCAUAGGAUUCUCCAACUUUAAAAUAAAUGUUUUUAUAUCAAA